GCAAAUUUUCUCAUUCCAUCUCCAAAUCUCCUCAAUACUUUCCAAUGAAUUCCAAGGCUUUCAUCCUCCUCGGCCUUCUAUUCGCSGUCGUCGUCCUCCUCUCCUCGGACGUCACGGCAAGAGACCUAAAAGGCGAAACCGUGAUGGAGACCGACGGAGUAGAGGAUGCCAAGGACCGGAGUUAUGACCGUGGCCACGGUCAUUAUGGCGGAGGCUAUGACAGAGGCCACAGUCGUUACGGUGGAGGCUACCCGGGACAUGGCGGCCACUAUGGAGGAGGCUACCCGGGGCGUGGUCGUUAUGGCGGUGGACGCCAUUGCCACCACGGUUGCUGCGGUUACCACGGCAGUUGCGGGAGGUGCUGUAGCUAUGCUGGUGAGGCUGUUGAUGUAGAACCCCAAGCCAAGCCUCACAACUGAAAACAGUUGCUUCAAGUAGAGGGCCUUCUGAAGUUGGUGUUGUACUUAAGUGUGAAGUUAAUGAAUAAAAUCAUUGGGCUGAGGAUGCCUUGUAUGUAUCCUUGGCCAAGUAAAUGUGACUUAAGUUCAAGUGAUUAGUUUAAUCUCUUUUGUUGAGAUUAACAGUGUGUUAUUGAAGCUUUAUUAGCAUAUAUCUAAGGUUAAAUCAUAGUAUUGUGUGAAGAGUUUUUCGUAAUGUUUUUUUUUUUCAUCAA